UAGUUGCGAGAGGAAGGCAAGAGGGCAGGUGACAAAGCAGAAGUCUGAAGUACUGAGGUGCGGAACACUUAAUUUAACCGGUGUUCAGGGGUAUCUCCGAUAGCGCACUUUUCCGUGUUCGGCCGCGACCAGCAACUUCCCUCCACGCUAGAGCUGGACUUGAUACCAAUGCACUAGGUUUUUGGGAGAUCGUUGCUGUCAUUUGUCACUUUCUUCGAUUUUCAGACGUGGAUACUGGAAAGGUGCCUUUGGCUUCAAGAGAUCACAAACUUUCACAAACAAUCUCCCAACAGCCCGAGAGACCCACGGAGAGAUUAACGUCCAGCUCAGUAUGGAGGUUGGAAUAGCUGCUUCAUGUUUGGGGCGAAGAUACCCGUAUGGAUGUUUCAGCAGGUAGAGAGCAUAUUGAUUUCGAGCACUUGGAUAUAUUUCCUCUAUCAUCAUUGGUUUCGUUACAUUCAGUUUUGUACCAAAAGUCGGGGAACUCCCACACUGUGUGGUAUAUUUGGAGAACAGACAAAACAUUUUAGUAGCACCGGCAAAAGUUGAUUGCUGAAGCAUCAGCCAACAAUACUUUUAGGCGCUUGUGAAUAUUUUAUUUGUCAUUAAGCGUUUCCGCACCAUCACGCCUGCGGUUUGUGAGAGCCACUAAUUAUUUCGAUUGCUUUUGGACAUUGUAAAUAGCCUCCCCCUUCGUAGUCCCGGCUCAGUCCGUCUCAUGUCAGCUUACCCACACCAAGAAAUGCAAGACGACGACAGACGACUGGUAACCUCUACCUUCUAAGGAACGGGCUCUUUCCUAUAAAUUCCCUCCGCUUCAGUGCGUCCUGGAUUGCAUUUUUUGUGGAAAAUAGCCAUACACAAUUGGAAAUCCUUAACUUUUGCAGCUGUAUUGGAAUUUAUCGUUUGAUAGCCAUCUCUGAAAGAGUGGAUUACUGCCUUCCAGAAGCACAGAUUUCUCCUGAGCUACUCUUCCAGAAUGUUCCUGAGGCACGGCGUGGCGUGCUCGGCGCUGACGGGCUCCAUGGACACGAGGCAUGGCGUGGUGGCCAUCACCUUCCUGGCCUUCUUCAUGCAGGUGGUGGUGGAAGCCAGCUCCUGGUGGUCCCUGGCCAUGAAUCCGCUGCUGAUCCCAGAGGCUUACAUCAUCGGUGCGCAGCCACUCUGCAGUCAGCUGGCCGGCCUGUCCAAGGGCCAGAAGAAGCUGUGCCAGCUUUACCAGGACCACAUGCAGUACAUCGGCGAGGGUGCCAAGACGGGCAUCCGUGAAUGCCAGUUCCAGUUCCGCCACCGCCGCUGGAACUGCAGCACCGUGGACAACUCAUCGGUCUUCGGCCGUGUCAUGCAGAUAGGUAGCCGGGAGACGGCGUUCACGUACGCCAUCAGCGCGGCGGGGGUGGUGAACGCGGUGAGCCGCGCCUGCCGGGAGGGCGAGCUCUCCAGUUGCGGCUGCAGCCGCGCCGCCCGCCCCAAGGAGCUGCCCCGCGACUGGCUGUGGGGCGGCUGCGGUGACAACCUCAUGUACGGCUACCGCUUCUCCAAGGAGUUUGUGGACGCGCGUGAGCGCGAGAAGACCUACGCCAAGGGCUCCAUGGAGAGCGCCCGGCUCAUGAUGAACCUCCACAACAACGAGGCUGGACGACGGGUGGUGUCAGACCUGGCGCACGUCUCCUGCAAGUGUCACGGCGUGUCGGGCUCGUGCAGCCUGAAGACGUGCUGGCUGCAGCUGGCCGACUUCCGCAAGGUGGGCGACCUGCUGAAGGAGAAGUACGACAGCGGCGCCUCCAUGAAGCUGAACGCGCGCGGCAAGCUGGUGCAGGUGCACAACAAGUUCAACCCGCCCACCGCCGUGGACCUGGUCUACAUCGACCCCAGCCCCGACUACUGCGUGGUCAACAAGACCACCGGCUCGCUGGGCACGCAGGGCCGCCUGUGCAACAAGACGUCGGAAGGCAUGGACGGCUGCGCGCUCAUGUGCUGCGGCCGCGGCUACGACCAGUUCAAGGCCACGCUGGUGGAGCGCUGCCACUGCAAGUUCCACUGGUGCUGCUACGUCAAGUGCAAGCGCUGCACCCGAACCGUGGACCAGUUCGUCUGCAAAUAACAUACACACACACACACACACACACACACGUGAGCGGCGAGCGAGAUUAGGAGAGAGUGAGAGAGAAUGAGUGAGACAAUGGAGAAAAGAGAUGGACAGAGAGAAGAAGAUGAGAGUGAGUGGAAUUGGGGAUGGGAGGCGGAAAUGACAAAAAAAAAACACGUAGCGGAGAGAUAAAAAAUAAACUAUAUAAAUUAUAUUUAUAGAUUUAAACAAUUAUACCAUUUUCAAAAAGACUGACAGUUUUUUUUCCCUUUAAGUAGUAGGUACAAGAAAUCUAAGUGUCUUCCAAAAAACUGGGAGUAUCAUUGAAUAUUUAUUUUCUAAGAGUGUUUUCUUUUUUUUUCUUUUGUUUUUUGUUCUUUUCUGGCUUUCCAAAGUGGAGUUUAAAAACAAAAACACAGUAGUGCAUAUAUAGAAUUGACCAGGCUGUUUUUAAAUGUGCCUUCCAGUAACCCUUACAGGAGUCGAAUGGCUCCGUCUUGCCAUGUAAUGAAAGCCUGCGUGUUGUAUAAUGCCGGCUUGUCCCACGGUGCUCGGCAGCAGAUGGGAUCCCCCUGGUGCUCAGCCAGUUUCCAACAGCUCCCCAGGCUGCUCCACGGCAGACGCUGGGAGUGGAUACCCUCCAUUACCCAAACCUGGAGCCUCCUCAGACCCGCGUGUCACCGUUUCAAGUGCCUUCUGCCUCCUGAGCUGCCCUUUAAACAGAUAAGAGUCAGGACUGAUCCGUCAGCAACACGCUGUUCAUUUGUCCCUCUCAUAAUCACUGCAAAUGGUAUGCAUCAGUAAUGUAACUACACUGGACAGUAGAAAAAAAAAGCCUUUUUGCCUUUAAAAAAAAAACAUGCACAUAAUCUUUUGAAAUACUGUAAGCCCUCUCACUUCAGAUAUCCCUGAUGUCAGACUCCGUGUCAAACAGUCCCUCUUUAUAACCCAUACCCCUGUGAGGACCUUUUUUUUUUUAUUCUCCGAAUGCAAAUGGAUGAUUACUCUGAAUUUUUUUGGCUUUAGGAUCAAACACAUUUUUGCCUUUUUUUUAAAUAGAAGAUACCGGAAAAAAUGCCCACAGAAACUUUAUUCAGAUUUUUAAGUACAGAUGCACUUUCAAAGACAAGAUUCCACCACUUCUGUAGACCUUUUUCAAGUUGAUCAUAAUAUAGCAUAUUUUACUCUAAUCUCCAUAUUAUCUCAGAUAUCCGUGGAACAUAUAAGAUCAUAGUUAAAAUGGUUUUAAAUAUAUAUGGGCAGUAUCUUGGUUUUUGUGGGUGAAGUAUCCCAUGUUCUGUAUAUACUUCGUCUAACCAUGCAAUCAUUAAAUUGUAUGUACCAUAUUUAUUUCUCAGCUUAUUUUUCUGUUAAUAACCCCUAAAUCCUCCAUAGGUUUCUUUUCUCUGUGUGUGUGUGUGUGUGUGUGUGUGUGUGUGUGUGUGUGUGUGUGUGUGUGUGUGUGUGUGUGUGUGUGUGUGUGUGUGUGUGUGUGUGUGUGUGUGUGUGUGUGUGUGUGUGUGUGUGUGUGGAUGGCAUUCGGUCAGCUAGAGGGCCACUUUCUAUGCAGUUCACUCUGGUGUCCUUUCUGGUGUUUUGUUAAAGGGAAUUGCACCAUUGCAUCUUUGAGAUCAUGUUUGUUCACACAGACUUAAGCUUCGUUCACAGAAUUUAGUCUUUUCACCACAAUCAUGUAUUUUUCCCUAAACGUUCACAUGUGGGGUCAUCAGUGCGGCAUCUCACUUUGUGUGUGUGUGUGUGUGUGUGUGUGUGUGUGUGUGUGUGUGUGUGUGUGGUGGGGUCAAGUCAACAGCAUGGCAGCCAAACCUUUUGAAGUACCAUUCCGUUUUUGCCUUUUAAAAUCCCACAUCGUCCUGUCUUUAAUUUUUUUUUUAUCAUCAAUGCUAACUACUCAUUAUCAAUCCAACCUGUAUAUUUAUUAUCCUUUAUGAGUUUUUAUUGAGGCUUGGAAGAAGUUAUUUUCUUAAAGCUGUUUUUAUUAUUUUCUUUUUUUGUUUUUAAUUCAGACAUUGUGCGCUAAUGCUUCAAUAAAUUUUACACCAUAAUAAAAAAAAAAAUGCUCAACAUUGUUCAUCUUUUGACCGUGAGUACAGAGGGAACUGGCUGUUCUGGUCACACUCAUUCUGCAUUGAAGUGGGCUUCACUCUGCUAUUAAAUGUCCAGCCUUAGAAGCUUUUUUUAAGAAAAAUAAAUAAAUAAAUAUGUGUGUAUAUUUUACUGAAUCCCAGGUAAUGAAUUUGACAUUUUUUUCUAUGUUUGUACAGAAAUGAUUACAGUAAGAUUUGUCUGUAUUUUUAUAUCCUUUCAUUUUUGAGUUAUGAAGUGUGACGUCUCUGAAACAGUGAUUCUCCAUCUUCAGUAUGAACAAAUCUGAAUCAAACAUCUUCAACAACAAAUAAAUGUAUCUGGAAUCUUC